CUUCUUGAUUCUCUCUUUAAACAUAUCCAUUAACUACAUCAACCUCAAUUACCCAUUGUUAUUAAUCAUAAUAUAAAAAACAAAAAACAAAAAAUCUUCCCCAAACAAAUUCAAUUACCUGUUCUCCCAAUUAUCAUCGUCUGGUCCUUGUUCGGUGUGCUAUCCAUCAACGCUUCUGGUGCAUCACUUCUUUGUCGUUCACCGCUUUCAUCCCUCAGAGCUUUUAUUUUAUUUCCGCUCUAUCCGGACCUCCAUGCCUGCAUCUCGUCACCAGUGUUCUAACAAUAAAGCAAAGACGACGACUGCAACUCCUGUUUCCAAUUGUGAAUAUAACAAAUCCACCGGUAAUUCUUCUGAAAAGUCUCCUCCGCCCCAACCCCAAGACCAACAGCAACAACAGUUUCAUUCCGUUUCUAGUCCUCAAAGUAGCCCGACAAAUCCACAUCAGAGUCGUUUUAUCGCGUCUCCCCCAUCAUCGCCAGUUGUUCUUCCACAUAAAUCAGGCAAUAGUAAGUAUGUUACAGAUACCACCGAGAGCACGAACAAUCGUGUAUAUCGUGCCUCGCACGACUUCAACAUCGCAAUGUCCCCACAGUCCUCAGGAGAUUCUUCUAGCUCGAAGAGUAGCAGCUACAGGGAUCUAGACACCUCAGCCGGACAGGGUCAUGCACAUCAGCAUCAGACUCUGCCUCAAGUGCAGACUCUGGUGCAGCCGCCGCUGGGUCAUGGACGGAAUUCCGCGCAAAUGAUUGUCCAGAGUGAGGUUCGUCUGUUUGGUCUACAGCUGCAUCAACAAAAACAACAGCAACUACAGCAACUACAGCAGCACCAACAACACUUAGUACAGCCACACCAAGCCGAUCAAACUGAUGCUUCGCGUCGUAUCAGCUGGACUGGGAUUGGAGUACGAUCACUUGUUGGGUCCGCAAGAGGUAGCACUGCGGCAAGCACGGUUGGAGGCUCGAGCGUUAUGUCAAACAAUGGGCUUGGAGGCGUCAAUAGCGAUGGACCGUCAGACCAGACACUUCUCCUUGUUAGACCUGUUUGGGUUCAGGAUCAAGAUGCCGCAGCUUGUACUAUCUGCACCCGAACAUUCAAUGCCGUCCGCCGCAAGCAUCACUGUCGCCAAUGCGGUCAAGUCUUUUGCCAUGAUUGCAGCUCUCGUAGCAUUGCCUUGCCUCAAUUGGGUUAUCCUAAAGCAGUGCGAGUAUGCAAUGACUGUUUCGAGGUCGCUUACUUGGUCUCCUAUUGUGUCUCCGAUGAUCUUGGACAAUCUACCCAGAUACAUGGCGCACGCGGUCUCUAUGAGUUGAUCGAAACAAAUGAUGACAAAGUAAUCGCAAGUGUCCUUAGCCAUGGAGGACUUGAUGCUGUGGUUUAUUUGUGCAACGCGGCACAUGGUUACGAGAUACAUUCCUUGGCAACGACUGCCUUGGCCGCUCUUUCUGGACGUAAAUCUAUUCAAGGUUUGAUAGUCUCUAAGCGCGCUAUACCCAAGCUUUUCCAUUUAGUGUCUGUCUAUAGUCAGAAUACUGUAGCGUCUACUCGACCACCCUCUCCACCCACGCUUUUGGCCCGUAUGGACUCUGCGGCGUCUUUAUAUACCAUGGGUCUAAGACGAAUCGAAACUAUCGCAGUGGUGCUCAUAAAUAUCACACAUAUCAUUUUUCAGAUGGUGCCUGAUAGAACUAUCGCUAGGCAGCUGGUCUUAGAUGGUGCGGUAGAUGCUUUGAUGUGCCUUUGUGUUUACUUUCCUUCGGGCGCGCGCACCCGUGCUAUGGAGGAGGCUCUUAGGUCAAUAUAUAUAGGACGAAGCGAAGCUGGAGACAGACAGAUCUCUAGUACGUCAAACUCACAGCGACAAGGCCUUGAUGGCAAUGGCAGUCACCAACUACUCAAUGAACAAGCGUUAAUCGAACAGGGCAGUGUAAAUGAAGACGAAACAAUAUUGGUAUCAAUGGAUGAUCAGUUUCACGCACGUCUCGAUCAUAUGCAGGCAAUGGCAGCAAAAAGCAUUUCAAUGUUGGCAGCUGAUGCCUCUAACCAGGCGUUCAUCGUGGAUGACCCUGAGAGGAUCGAGCGGUUGGUUCAGCUAUUGUAUUCGACAAAUGUCGAUGUAGUCAAAUAUGCUUCUAAAACGAUGGCGUAUCUAUCCUUAAGGAACGAUAAAUAUAAGCCUGAUAUCGCAAAAGGCUCUGGAGCUGCAGCAUUGAUCGCGGUGAUCAAGGCUACCAUCGGAGGAAAUUAUCAUCACAUCCAAACACUGUCAAACAAGGCUGUUCUUGCGGAAGCCGUAUCACACGCCUGCUGUGCUCUAGCCAACUUGGCUACUAACACUGAGUCUCAAGAAAUCCUGAUGUCACACAUGGAUUUAUUGAGCGUCACCUGUGCUGUUGUUGGCCUAUUCCCACAUCAGCAGGAAAUCGAGAGGCAUGUCGCUCGACUGUUCGCUAACCUUGCUCUCUACGACCAAAAUAAACUGGCACUGCUGACAGCCUAUACAUCUCCUUCCGAAAAUGGACUUGCAGAUCCUUCAUUCAGUCCACAGCUCAGACCACACGCCCACCGUACAGGCACCCCUAAUCGAGAGAACUAGUUCCAUGCAAGGAAGGAGUUCUGAGGAGACCUACUUGACCCAGAAGCAAGACGCUAUUGACUUUAUGAACGACAACAGCGCCAUAAAUACACACCAAGUGGGAUAUCUUACAUCCGUGACCGACUCUGCUUCUGAACAAGGCGAUGGCUCAUUGCAACACGGAAGUGGACAUAGCCUUAAGAAUA